CUCCCAUUACGUUUUGAUACGGGUUUCCUCGUCCGCGCACCCUCGUCGGAGGCUACUGUCGUCGAUUGUGGUCACUGCCAGGCGGUACAUUUCGAGGAACGUUGAGAAAGAGAUGGUACGAGAUUCGGCUAGCACGCAUGCACAAGCGAGGCCUCCACUGGUCGUUACAAUGAAGCAGUUGAUGCUAAAGGGUUGCCAACAACAAGCGAUCGCUCUCUUCGAAUCUUCCAUUGAUCUCGCGGACUCCCGAGCGCUGACUCUGGCCGCGAAGUUGUAUGGGAAGGCGGGUGAGGUCGAGAAGGUACGGCGAUGCUUCGAGGCGUUGGAUCGGACACAAUCGGGAGGGUUGACUCAAGUGAGUAUAAGAGUGGGGUUGAGGGCACUUGUAAGGGAGGCCAGCUGGACUAUGAUCAUCUGUGAUCAGCUUGUGAGAAAAUACCCCUUGGUGAGGAUUGAACCCGAGUCGUUCGAUCUAGCGAUGAAGCACUUCCCCAUCGGGACUGCUCGAGGUCUUCUGAUCGACACCAUGUUCAACCCCGCCUAUAACGUCCCAUGGACUGAUCGGCAUCUGGUUCGAAUAGCCUCCACUGAAGGGACAGUCUUUACGGCCAUGCCAGCCGGCUCCACCGACCUCACAAUUCCUCAACUACGUGAAUGUUUUGGUGACAAGUUGGUCCGUCCUGAGCUCAAGGCGAUAGUCGCUGCCAACGACCCCGUCAUACACGCCAUCUGUAGAGUUCACUCACAUCAUCAUCAACCCCUUGAGAUCGCCAGCAAUACCCGCGUGGAUCCUCUGACCCACUCAGCUCUGAGUCGACUAGGUCGAAGUGUCACACUAUGGACCUUGGAUGGUGUUGCUUAUUGUUAUGAUGCUCAAGGUGGUGGUAAUCACUGCGAUCCACCCGCGUUAGUUGAGGACCCCUCUAGAGUGAUCGGGAACGCCUCUGGUCGAAUUGACAGCGUAUUCUCGUCCUUCCGGUAUAUGUGUUCACUCGGCAACACAAAGUCUCUGUCGGCCAUGGUCGCCCUCAAAAAGUGGCUUAUGAGUGCCAAUGGACGGUAUCAACCGAAGCGUGUGUUCAGCGACGAGGAGGUCUCGGAGGGUAUUGAUUGGAUUGACCAGAAGAUCGUCGAAUUACGGCAGAGACCGACCAAGGCUCGCGUUUGAUUGUAUUA